AUGGAUGCCGGUUUGAGCUGCGAGGCACUCUUUGGACACCCGUCAUCAAGGGGUCCUCGGGCUCAGUCGGUCAGAGCAGAGCUGAUAGUAGCAUCAUGGGCGGCGUCCACACUAGCACAGGUGAUUUCUCUCUACAAAAAUGAUGCUGACAUAGAGCAGGAAGUUCCCCUCGUACAACUACAGCUAAAGGUUAUUUCAAUAUUCAGGGAUCUUCUGAGAGAAUCAAACAGAUAUCCAUCACACUUUUAUUGGACCUAUGCACUGCGGCGGGUGCGUGAUGCCUUCAGGGCCAACAGGACAGUAGACGAUCCAAAAACGGUGGCAAGACUGAUGGCGGAGGGACAACAAACACUGGCACUGAUACAGAGACAGGUCGCCAUCGGGAAGAUGUUUGAAACCCAGAAGACCGUGGUGGAGGGAUAAACCAUCAGGUGGCGAGGAGGAGGAGGAGGAGGAAGAGGAGGAGGAGGAGGAGGAGGAGGACUGUCCCAGCAAACAGCAGGAUGUGACAUCAGAGAUUGGAGCGAAUCACUGCCCCCUGACAUCAUCACCAACCUUCCUCUUCGACUCAGUCUGAUCGGACACAGCUGUCACUGUGUGGUGUUGGAGGGGUGAAAUGCAUUGUGGGAGAUUUAGGAGCAGUUUGUGUGUUUUUCAUGGAUGCACCGAUCAGAGUUCUGGGAUGUUACUGAUCAUUGAUUAUGCCGAUCAGUUCAGCUUCAGCUUCCUGAGUCAGAGUUUUGAGUUCUGAUCAUUUAAAAACGAAACAUCGUCACGUUUCCUCCAUCAAUCAACGUGCCAGUUACUUUCUUCAAGCAAUCAAUAAACUCAUCAGAAGAGUGAAAACAAGUCUUAAAACCAAAAAUACACGUUAAGCUGCUAACGAUUGUUUUCACUCUGGACUAAUAUCUCCACUGCUUCAUGUGAUCUGUAAAAGUUUCAUCCUCAAAUGUCUCAGAAGUUUUUCAGUUUACUGUCACAGAGGAAGAAGGAAAAUAUUCACAUUAUUAAUACAACAACAACAAAAAUAAUAAUAAUAAUAAUAAUAAUAAUGAUAAUAACAGUAAUAAUAAUAAUAAUAAUAAUAACAGUAGUAAUAAUAAUAAUAAUAAUAAUAAUAAUAAUAAUAAUAAUAAUAAUAAAUACACAUUAAAGAAGCUGAAAUCAGAGAACUGAUUGUUGAAUCCUCCUGUGACUUCUUCAUCAUCUUUAAUGUUCCAGUUUGAGUUCAGAUGAAUGUUGGAUGACGGGAUAACGAGGAAACAGAUAAAGUUAAUUACAGUUACAGAGUGUAAACCUCCACCAAGACCCAGCAGUCCACCAGCUACAGAAAUAUGGUUAAUUUUUCUUUCCAGAUCCAGGAAUUAUUCUGAAAAAUCAACUAGAUGUCAUAAGUAAGAAAGUUAAAAAAAAUAAAUAAAUAAACCUUCCUGGUUUUGUCUCUUUUUUCUGGAUCCACAGCAGAAUUUAAUCAGGUUGAUUCUGGGCUCAGGUGAGAACACGAGCUCAUCGGUGGAGGUGAUGGUGGAAAUAUUUCUCACCCAGGAAACUUUGACUGAACUCAUUUGAUUCCCAAUAAAAUAGAAAAGUUUAUAGAACUUGAAGCUGAAGUCUGAAAUGAGCUGAUUUCAUGUCCGCUGUCAGAAAUCGCACAAAAACAGACGGAUUCCGUCUUUGACGUCAGAAACAUCGAGUGGAUUUUCAGAAGAACUUCAGGUCCGUUCAGCAGGUCCUGAGCUUCCAGUCGACACGUCCAGAAUUAUAAAUGUUCAGAUUAUGGAAUAUUGAUCAUUUAUUGUAAACACCUGUUUACUGUCACCUGUAUUCAGCUGACAGAGGAGCAGAAGCGACUGAUCGGUGCAUCCCUGAUCCAUUAUUUCUGUCUAGUGUUAUUUUAUAUUUUAACGCACAAUUGAUCUACGACAUGUUGAUUCUGUGUUAUAUAUCGAUAAAACCCAUAAAAACACUGAAAUACUUGA